AUGGAUGUGAAGAAUGCAUUUCUCAAUGGCGAUCUCAUUGAGAAAGUUUAUAUGCAACCUCCACCUGGUUCCUCUGUACCGCCCUCCAAAGUCUAUGAUAUGAUCAUCACUGGCGAUGACACAGUGGGUAUCUCUAGUCUCAAACAAUUUCUCAAUCUCCAGUUUGAGAUGAAGGAUUUGGGUCUUCUCAACUAUUUUCUUAGCUUGGAAAUCUCUUAUGAUCCGUCUGGUUACUUUCUCUCCCAAGCCAAGUAUACUUCUGAUCUCUUGGCUCGUGCUGGUCUCACCGAUUACAAGACUGCCUCUACUCCUGUUGAUCCUCAGACUCGUCUUACACCUCUUGACGGUCACCUGUUGUCUAAUGCUACUUUAUAUCGUCAACUAGUUGGUAGUCUUGUUUAUCUCACGAUUACUCAUCCAAACAUUACUUAUGUUGUUCAUAUUGCAGGGAACCCUACUGAUCGUCGUUCUACUACAGGAUUCUUCUUCUUCUUGGGUGACUCUCUCAUUACCUGGCGUAGCAAGAAGCAAACUCUUGUUGCUUGA